UAAACUAAAUAAUUUCGGUAUUUUUAACUCUUCAUAAAAUUUAUUAUUAUGUAUAUGUUAACAGUUUUACACUUAUUUGUCCGAGCAGGAAGAUGUUUCACUGGAUGCUUGUAGUCAUCCAGCCAAGUACGCAGACGGUGGCGUACUUGGAUUCAGGCAACGACGACAUCCCGGAUGAUUUGAACUUUAUUAUAUCCACAUCGUUCACAAUGUAUAACCGAAUGGUACGACGACCUGAUCGACCUACCCAGUGGAUGACUCCUAUUUGUCCUCAACAACCCGAUGACAAACAGUGUGGAUACUACGUCAUGAAAUUCAUUGAAAGUUUCAUGGUCGUAGAAGAUCCAAUACAAUUGUUGACCCGACAAGAUAGGUUCUCCACUCCGUACACUAAUGAUGAGAUAAAUAUUAUGCGUGAUCGGUGGAUUCAUUAUGUGAAAGCGGAAGCGGAGCGACAACAGUUACCGUGUUAGAUAGUGUGUAUACAUAUACAUAUUUAGAUGAUAUUAAUUAGCGUUAGUUCAAUUAUUGUGACUAUACAAAAUUUUAAAUAUAUUUAGACGUUAGUUUAAUUGUUGUCACUAUGCAGAUUUUUACAAAAUUUAAAAAUUAAUGCAGGGAAAAAAAUUGCAGAAAAUUUGUUUUUUUUUCCUAUUUUUCAAAUGUACCGACCGAAAAAAACCGUCGCUAAAAAAAUUCAAAAACGAAACCAGCAUAUAAGGCACGUUUUAAAACCGUCGCCU